AUGCGAAACCAGGAAAAUUUUUCCAGCGGCGGGGAAAUUUUUGACCCGAAGUGUCCGGAGUCCAGCUACUUCGUCGGGAACAUCGAAGACCAAAACCUUCCAGCAAAGCUCGGAAAGAACAGGAGGUUUGAUGUCAUCGUCUCCUUUGUCACUUUCUGCUGGCUGACCGACCCGUUGCGAGCGGUGGUACUGUGCUGCAACGAGUUGCUGAAGCCGAACGGGAUUUUCCUCGCCGGAGGGAUCCAGUUGUUGACGGACGCAGAAGAAGCAAAGAACACCGACGGCACAACAUUAACAACCACAACGACGAUGAGCGCCGAGGAAGAACAGAAGUGGCUGUUCGCACUGGCGAAGUACUGGCAGGAGGAACAAAGCGCGGGUCAAGUGCGGAUUGAGCUGGUCGUGGAUGCCUCCACCGGAGCAUACGUCUACUGGCUGAUGCAGCGCAAAGCACAUGAUCAUGAUCACACCCCCGCGAGGACGAGCAGUACUUCUCCUACCCAGGCGGUGACCACAACGGACGCAAAAAGAAAGCUGCUCUCUUUGUCUCCGGCACUGGAAUAUGGCCAGAUCGAUACAGAGUCGUCGAAGGUGUGCUACAAAGUGAACGAAACCCUGCUCCGGCCCUACUUGCCAGCAUGCGAUGGUGCCUCACAACUACCGUCGACGCGGGUGCGGAGGAAAGGCGUUGAGGGAAAGAUUUCUGAUUCGGUGAAACGGGAAAAACUUCUUUCUGAAUUCGCAGAGACUGUCGAAGAAAAUCAGUUUCGGACAGCACUGACACAGAUGGUUGAGGAACUGGAGCGGGGUAGACGGCAGAAAAAGGCGUAGCUGGUGUCAAC